AUGUAUUCUGCUUAUCUUCAUGAACCUGCUGAUGAAGCUACGGACCAAGCUCUAGAGAGAAAAGAUGCGUCAAGUUCAUCCAUUACAGCGGCACGAAGCCAACAUUUGACCUCAAACGAAAUAAGCUUUCAAAACGGGAUCCUUCACCAGACACCCGUCCAACUAUGA